AUAAGUUUAUGCAUUCAAAGGUAAUCUAAAUUACGGGAACCCUCCUCUUCGACAGGUUUAGAUAGAGAGGCGACGACGCUUCUUUAACUCACCCCCGUAGAUCGUAUACAGAGCUAAGGCUAAUUCAUCUCUCUCCGAUCCCUUGCUCCGAUGGCGUUUAGAGGGCGCGGGCGGGGGCGCGGUCGUGGAAGAGGACCUUCUGAGCGAAUCGCCAAACAUUUGCCGUAUGAGAAUUUCCCGGAAGAUGUUACGCUGCCUAGUUUGCAAAAUGUUGCUUUCACAGACGAGGUAAAAUUUCUUUUAAGAUGGAGUGGGAAACUGGAGGAUUUCUGGAGAGGGUGUUGCUACCGUUUGCAAGAGGAAGUCCCAAAAUCAAAAAGCCAGGAUACAGAGGUGGAAAGAUAUUCUGUCAAAAAACACAGGGCACAUGAAAAACCUGAAGCUCUUGCAAGUUAUUUGAAACUAACUCCUUCAAAUUUCCCUUCUGAACUGAUUCAAGGUUCAAAGCCAGUUCGACAUAACAGAAAAAAGCUUCGGUGGGAUCGAAAUUCAGAUGAUUCGAAGCUUGACUUGUUUGCAAAGCUUGAAGAAAAGGAUGAGGGCCGAGAUGAUGAAAAACCAGAAAAGAAAGGUGAAAAUGAAGAUGAAGAUGACGUGCAAGAAGAAGAAGAAGAGGAAUCAAGCGACGACGAUGAUUAUAAUCAGAACAUCGAUUUUGAUGACGAUGAGGAUGAUAUGAACAUGGAAGAAGGAGAAGAGGAAGAUGCAUAUGAUUGAAGUGCAUGAGUUGCAGAAACGAACCUCGAACGUAAUGCAGUUUCUCUUUUUAUUUAAUGCAGGUAUCUCCUUGUUCUCCGUCUAUGCGUCUUUGAGAGGAAUGAAUUUCAAUACGAUAGUUUUACAUCUUUACCGAUCUUUAUCAGCUGAUCGUAACGAUUUCUGUAUCAUCAAAUUUCCAUUCAACUGACUUCAGCAAGAUCUAAGGUAUUGUUUUAUAAUGUUCAUUCCAUCAGCUGUAACUUAAGAAUCGUAACACUUGACAAAGGUUAAAGUUUUCCUUACAAUGAAGAGAAACAUUCGCGUUCUCAUCCA